AUGGCGUACGUCCCCGUGGGCAUCGACUCGACCAUCGUGGUCUCGGGCGUCGGCGUGGAGCUGACCAGCGCCGUGCUCAUGAACAUGUACCGCACCUACGGCCCCAUCGUCCGCGUCGGACACAACGGAACCAACUCGGCGCACGUGGUUUUUGAGCAGAAGCGCCAUGCGCUGGAGGCCGUGGCGGCGACGAACGGUGCCGUGGUGUUCGGCAAGACGCUCAAGGUAUCGCUGCAGCGAAGGUUCAAGACGACGGAGCCGUGCCGCGGCUUCAUCGCCGGAAUCUGCCGCUACGGCGACCUGUGCAAAUACUACCACCCUGCUGGGCCUGUCGUAGUGCCGCCUGAGAUCCAAGCUAUCCCAAGUUCGCGGCUGUGCCGUCAUUUCUCGCGCGGCUCGUGUGCACAGGGCUCGGAGUGCAAGUUCGCUCACGUGUUGGGCCUUCCGAAUGACGAUGAAAGCGAAAGCGCAGCAGAACAGAACGGGGAGGACCGCACGUGUGUCGAGUGCGAGAAACUUGGCGUGGCCGUGUGGAAGUGUGCGAAGUGUGACAACUCGCUCUACUGCAACGACUGUAACUCCGCGGUGCACCGGGCUCGUGUGAUGGCGAAACACAAGCGCUCCAAGCUCCCGCCGGUGCCCAAGCUUCCGCGCUGUGGCGAGUGCGAGUCUAAAAGUGCCAGCGUGCGCUGCGAACAGUGUGAAGUUGCAUUAUGUGCGUCCUGUGACGCAAGUGUUCACAAGUUCAAGAGUCUGCGCAAGCACACCCGUGUCAAACUGGCUGCCAAGGCCGAGAAGGCAAAGCCUAAGACGAAGGAACCUAAGGAAGCCGUCAAGCCGGCCAAGAUCAAGGAAGAGGCUAAACCGUCCAAGAAGAAGGAAGAUGCACAAGUCAAGGUUCAAGAACCGGUGCAGUACGUCGAGAGUGUGCCACAGCUCCAGUUUUCUAGCGACCCGGAGUCUUCGGAGUCGGAAGACGAAGAAAUGCCCCAAGCCUCAGCUGUCCAGCAUGACGAUAACGAGUCCAUGCCCGCUGCUGAUGGUUCGUCGGAGUCGGAGGAGGAUUUCGACGAUGUCAAGCCCCAAUCUUCAAUCCCUGUUACCCCCUCGCCUGUGGUCAAGCAGCAGGCCUCCGAGUCCUCCGAGACUGAGUCGGAAGAUGACAUGGACGAUAAACCCGCUGCAAAGGCAACGCCGUUACCGAAGGUGGAGCUCUUAUCGGACUCGGAGUCUGAAGAUGAUGAGGACGAAAAGCCUGCUGCGAAGACAACGGCGUCGCCUGCCUCCGAUGACGAGGCUCCUCCCAAGCCUGCUUCGAAGCCUGUAGCAACCGUCAAGCCUACGCUGGCAGAAAUGUCAUCGGAAUCUGAAAGCGACUCUGACGAUGAAGCCCCGUCUAAGCCAGUUGCCAAGCCGACGCCCAAGCCUGCGGUCAAGCCUGCUCCAGUGGCAGCGUCCACACCUGCCCCCAAGCCGGUGGCAAAGAAAGCAGCUUCAUCGUCUUCAUCGUCGUCAGAAUCGUCAAGCUCAGACUCGUCAGAUUCCUCCGAGGACGAAGCUCCUCCGACCAAGCCUGCUCCCAAGCCCACGCCUGCUCCUCGUCGCGCUCCGGUACGCAACAACAAGGCGGGUGGUAUCUCCGAGGGCAGCUCGCACACUUUGGUGAAGAAGAUCGAGGCUUUCAACGAGUCGGGCGAAGGCAGCGAGCUGCACCUGGACGCCAACCUCAAUGGCUUCGAGAGACUGCUGGCACACGACUGUGCCGAGCGUCUCGGUCUUGCGCACGAGAGCAUUGGCGAAGGUCUGGAGCGUCAUAUCAUAAUCUCGCGCGCUGGUGCCAAGCGUCCUGCUGCGGACUCUGGCCAUGGGCACAAGGCGAAGAAGAGCAAGCACCGUCACCACUAA